AUGCCUAAUUGUUAUGAAGGCGACGAAAAUGCAGACGAAGAUGAUCCUGAACAACUUUUACAAAUGCUUUCCAUCGUAAAUGAGACCACCACAAACGCUUACUCUGCAUUGGCAGGUACUCAUGAACAACGCUAUGUUCGUGAUGCAUUACAAGCAAUUGAUAAUACAGAUAGAUUUGCAUUACUCAAUGGCUGUACACGUGGUAAGGGCGAAACUAAGUAUGAUAUCAUACACGACGUCCAUACAUUUGUCGUAGCUCGCGAGCAUCAUACGACCAUGAUUAAAGAGUGGAAACGUGAUAUUGAAGCUCGACGAGAUGAAACAAGAAACUAUUUAAUUUCAGGCGAAGGUACUCUGGAAGUACGAGAUGAUGAAACACAGAUUGAACUCGUAGAUACUGAAAUUCCGACAAGCCCAAUUAAAACAAGACUUACAAGGAUUCCACCUGUGACUACAACCAAUGCAAUCUUAUUUCCAACAAAAGAAGAUAUUAUCAGACAAUUUACACUAAACACUCAACAAAAAUAUGCUUUCAUGAUAAUAACUAGUCACUUAGAUGGCGAAAAUCAUGCUUAUACCGGUACUAUUGAUAAUCAAUUAUUAAUGUGCAUACCUGGCUGCGGUGGUACUGGAAAAUCUCAGUUGAUUCGUGCAAUUACGAAGUAUUUCUAA